AGUGAUAGGAAGAUGUGUGAAAGUUCAGGAUAUCGCAGUCCGGCUGUUCAUUGCUCUGCUGAUUACUCUGUGGUUUGAGCCUUGAGUAAAUUUUCAGAAACAAGAAAGUUUUGAGGUAUUUCUCUGAAAGUCUUGGCCUAUUGGUUUGCCUUCAGACUGCCCUAUUCAGUGCUUUCAGUUGGGGGAGGGGGGAGGGGAAAUAAGUAAAAUUGGCUGCUGUUUGUAUGGACGAGGGAAGAACAGGAGGGAAUUAAGGAGAACAGGUAGAAGUAAUAAAAGGUGAAGAAGAAAUAGUUAAAUUUUUUUGUAUCUUUUAGAGGUGUUUUUAUUGAAUUUCUGUUUCUUUGAUCCUAACUCCAUAAAUAUGAAGCAGGCCAGGAGGAGGCUAAAGAGGGAAUGCUGACUGCACUUAAACCUCUUCUAACUGUUGUUAGAAUGAGGCUUUUAUAUUUUAGUAUUUUUUGUUGUUGCAGUUGUUUUUUCAAUGUUUUGAGACUCGAGGGGGAAUUGAAGUAUAAAGUGUCUUCAAAUAAUCUUAUGUUGUCUUUAGUUGUGCCUAUCUCAGGAACCGUAUAAAGAAUUUUAGGAAAUAGCAUCUAUUUCUAAGAGUUAAGAAUGCUGUGGAAAACAUAAGCUCUAAAUGGGAGACUCACUAUAGAAAAAGUGUUCUUUCCCUUCAGAAAGACCGUUCCAGGAGAUGGUUUUGUGUCUAGGAAGUAAGUAGGUAAGCAGCUUCCCAAAGUUAAACUUCACAACAUUAAGAAAAGGCACUCUGUUUUAAGUUCACUACUAAACGUUAUAUUGUGCUGUUCUUAAAUAGUGUUUCCUUCUUUAAUCUUUGUAAGCACGCAUCUACUUUUCUGUUCUCUGACACUAACCCAUGCCAAGACUUUCUUAAUAAAACCAGUAGGGGAUGGUUUUAAUUAAUUAUUAAUCAGAAUACAAUGCACACUGGCAUUUUGUUAAAAAAUUAUCAUCUUUUUCUGGUUUCAAGGCACUGAGUUUUCACAUAUUAGGAUAUUCAUUUUCUUUUACAUGACAACAUUUAUUUUGUUUGUGAGUUCCCAAAUGGGUUUGAAACUGAAAUAGCCAUUGCAAAGAGAAAUAGAAAUCCACAGGGGAUUUUGUAGGACCAUGGAUUCCUUUAUUAAUGCUAGAUUUUUUUAUAUCAGCUUGACCUUUCAACAUUAUGUGCUUAAAGCUACAGAAUACUUCUGAACACUAGUGGUCAGAAGCAAACACAGUUCCAGAGUGUUUGACCUCUUGAUGCACUUGUGGAAACCAUCCUGGUGUUAUUGGCAGUAAAACACAUGCAAUAGUAGGCUGAUCUCCCCUUUGGACUUUGGGAACAGAUGUAGCGCUUGAGGGAUCCAACAAAUCUCGUGCUGACUUAGGCUUGUGGUCAGCUCUUCUAUCUAAAAUGUGUGCAGUACAUAGGAAAUUUGUGGUCUGUUUAAAUGUAUGAGGCAGAACGUACUCAAUACACCCUUUCUGGACUGUGGACUGGUAUGGUAUCAGGCCUGCCUCUGUAGCCAGGGAUGGUAGGGGGGAGGCAUCUCUCUGCGCAGCAACGUAACAAAGGCUUAUGUAGGAAAAGGAGAGUUGCACUGAAUGCAUACCAUGAUGGUAAUGUCAGUCACUGAAAUGGUUCGGUUAUGUCAGAGGCUUAAAAAAAAGCCCGGAGUGACAUAGGCAGUGUAUUUUAAAACAUUGAAUUAACACUUGUUACACAUGAGUCACUGUGAGAGUGCAGAGGCUGCACUAAAUAGUACGACAUAAUAUGCAAAAAUAAGCAGCUUAGCUUCACGUGGAGCUGCCCUCUGUGGACGCUCAAAGUAUUUAUAGCUGCCCUUGGGCCCAGGAGAGUUGAAUAGUUCAGGUUUGUUUUAAGGGUUUCCAGUGACCCCUCAAUCUAAUUCUGGUGAUGUUUAAUAUUACUGGCAAGUGCUAAUUAUACCACUUGCAGUUCUUUGGGCAAGCGGGGAGGUGUUCUCCCAUGCUCAGAGAGCACAUUUUUCUCAUCCGGGACUUAAGAUCUAGGUGACUUCUGCCUGGGUGCAACACUUUUGUCACCCUUUGACUGUGAGGUGCUAUGGCUAUCAGCGUGCAGCAGUAGCUCACAGUUGUGUGGGCCUUACCCUCUGAGGGUGGGAGGAAACUGUGUUUUGCAGAGUACUGGAGUAGGCUGAGUUGUUUAGUAACUGAUAUGGCAUUGCAGGGAGCCAAAGUCAGCCUUCAGCUGCAGCCAUUGCUUCUUGCAGGGCUCCUUCCUGUCCCAUCACAGGGGGAUGUGUGUCUGCAGCUUUGUGUCUUUCUGCAGAGCAAACAUCAAAUCUCUGCAGCUGGAACAUCUUGCAGCGUGUCCCUACUGCAGCUGUUAUUGCACGUGCACAGCUGUUGAGAGGCUUGGUCUAAAGCCUGUGGCUUGCUCUGUUCCUUCCAGCUCAGCCUUGUCCUUGUUUUACAGUAGGCUGACCCCUGAAUGCCUUCAGUUUUCUGGGGCUUUAAGGCCUGCUCUGUUUUUUGCAUGAAUUAAUGUAGCUUUACCUUUGGCAACAGCAGAGGGAGCUGCCAGAAGUCUUGCAUAGCAUUUGAAAUGUCAGCUGCCUGUCAUGAGUGUCUGCCAGGACUGCAGCUUUGGCAGGGUCAGUGUUAGUGUGGACACAGCAUGAAUCAGACUGGGCAGGAACUUGUGUACAGAGUAUCCUGAGACUGGUAAAACACCUGAAAUUUCCCACCAAGUUAUUUGGUGUGUUGCUCAGGUAAUAUACAAGGAAACACUGCUGGCUCUUGACUGAACCAGAAUCAUAGGCUGUUCUGCAUUCAGACUUGAAUAUAAAUCCUAGGAAGGCAUGAAACACUUCCGUGGGCCCUUGUAGGAAAGAAGAAACAAUGAAGCUACUUCCUGGUACUGAGAAAAUGUUGCAGAAAACCUAGUGGGACCGAAUGGGAGCUUGUAAUACAGGAACUCACUGCAACCUUCUGUGGGUCUCAAAACUCAGAACAAUAAAAACCUCUGCAGAUACUGUAAAGCAGAGUAACAAAGAAGAGCCAAGUCACCUUGACUGGAGUGUGAAGUAUAACUCAUGGACUCCUUGUGCUGGUUGGAUGUUCUCUGUGAGGCUGUUCUCUGUUCCAGUGGUGGCUCUUUGCAACUGAGAAGGAAUGGGAUGCAGUGUUUCUGUAUUCACACAGUUUCUCUUGGCGCUGAACACUGCAGAUGAGAAGUGCUCCCAGUCUUUCCUUUGAAUCGUUUAUGCCUUUUUUUGAAUGGUCAUCUGAUCACGUUGUUAAUCUCCCUGAAUGUACUGUUCAUCACUUCACUUAUUUCACUCACUAUCUGGAUUUAUAGUCUUUUGAGGAGGUCUUCCCCAAAACCAGACAACACUGAGUGGCAGGGAAUGUGAAGAAUCUUGGGAGAGACUGUAGAGAGAAUGGACAUCCUCAGUGUCAUGGAAAUUUACUCCUGAACACCUGCAAGAUCCUGAGAGCCUAAAUAGGCUCCUGUAAGAGGACGAAAGGAGAAACGAAUCUCGACUCACUUAGAACAGAAGGAAGAGGAGGAGAAGAGGAAGCAAACACUAAUAGCAUAGGAGGAAAGAUGCCCAGAGGAGUGGUUCCAAGAUCCAGUAGAAGCACCCCUGAGUCCAGGGGAGGGGCCCUUGAGAAGAUCGUUUUCACCAACACCCAGGAGGGUAACAACAAGUCGUGAAAGAGCCGGAGGUCAGCAAGACAUCAUUACCAGUACUAAUCAAUCUCUGAAAAUGAAUGAAAUCCAAGGUCUGAGAAAAGACUUUUCACACCACCCAAGUGAACCUAUUAUCACCUGGUUACUUCGAUGUUGGGACACUGGGGCUAACAAUAUGUCACUGGAUAGUAGAAAAGCUCACCAACUGGGUAGCAUUGCUAGGGACCCAGUCAUUGACAGACAUAUUAGUACAUGCCGGAAUGGGGCCUUCACUCUCUGGAAGCAGAUGCUGUUAACAGGAAGAGGAAAAAUACCCCUUCAAAGAUGAUCUGAUGCCUGAGAUAAAGAAAUGUACUGAUAAGGAAAAAGGCAUCCAUUAUUUGAGAGCAUGCACUGUGGUGGAAAUAAUACAUGACCAUGCAUUCAUUCCUGAUGAUAUAAACAAAGAACAUGAUCCUGAGAAAGUCAGGUGUACACCAAAUAUGUGGCAUAAAUUCACAAGGACUGCACCAGAAAGGUAUGCCGGUACAUUAGCAGCAAUGUAUGGCAGACAGGAAAGAAUACCCUUUUUAAAUGAACUGAUUAAUAGACUUCAGAACUUUGAGCUCCAUUUAACCCUUCUACGAGUUCUUGUUUCAGCCAUUGCAAAGGUAGCUAAAAAACUGGAUAGUGUGGAGAGCAAUCAAGAAGAUGAGAUAGGUGAAUUGUCUACCAUGCUUUAUUCUGAUGGAACUGAUGAACCAGUGGUGGUAUCAGAUGCAUUUGAUAGGGACCAGGAUUCCCAAAACAGCCUGCUGGAGGGACUGAUCAAAUUGGCUUCCUCCCGACCUGUGCCAUCCAAUGUCUCAGCUAUUAAAAGAAGAUCUUCCACUGCUCGAGCAAGUGACAACAGUAAGACUAUGUCACAUAUUGCCUUGUGGUGUUACUUAUGCGACCAUAGAGAAGAUAUGAAGAAGUGGCAUAAAAAAAACCUACUCCUGCAUUUCAAGCACAGGUAAAAGAAUUACUAGACAGAUCAACUACCAAGGUGAACUUCUCCAAAAAGGUGACUGCUCCAGUUGCAGUGGGAAGUGGCAAAAGCUGUAAGGAUGACAGAGGGUCCCAGAUAGCCCAGGUCUGUGAUUCAUCCUGGUGGUGAGAACUUGGCACGCACAUCGUUUCCAAGCCCCAGGCAGUGACUGGACCAAAAAAAAUUCCUUCCCUCAGCUGACCAAACCUGAUUUUUGGAGCUAUAUGGAGGGAUCCCAGGAUGGUGUGCACCAGGAAAACCAAAACUUUAGUGUCCACUUGCGUGAUUUUGAGUGGAAUGACUAACAUCGUCUGCCUGCUGUACGUGGGCUGGGUCACCAACUACAUCGCCAGCGUCUAUGUCAAAGUGCAAGAGCCGAUCUCAGAGAAAAAGUUAGAGGAAGGCAAAGAGGACACUUUACGGAUUAUAGAAAGGCUGGACCACUUGGAAAAUGUCAUCAAGCAACACAUACAAGAAGCUCCACCAAAACCGGAAGAAAAUCCUGCUGAGGCAUUCACUGACUCAUCUCUCUUUGCUCACUGGGGCCAGGAUCUCAGUCCAGAAAACAGACGUAUUGCACUUAAACAGUUCCAGUAUUAUGGCUACAAUGCAUACCUGAGUGAUCGCCUGCCACUGGACAGGCGCCUGCCUGACCUUAGACCUAACGGGUGCAGAAACCUUACAUUUCCUGACAGACUUCCUGAGGUCAGCAUUGUAUUCAUAUUUGUUAACGAAGCUCUCUCAGUGAUUCUGCGCUCUAUUCAUUCUGCUAUUGACCGGACUCCUGCUCACCUGCUCAAAGAGAUUAUUUUAGUUGAUGAUAACAGUAAUAACGAAGAACUCAAGGAGAAACUAAAGAAGUAUGUUGAUGAAGUGAAUGCCUGUAAGCCUGGUUUCAUCAAGGUUGUCCGACACAACAAACAAGAAGGGCUGAUUAGAUCUCGAGUUAGUGGAUGGAGAGUAGCCACAGCACCAGUAGUUGCUCUCUUUGAUGCUCAUGUGGAAUUUAACGUGGGAUGGGCUGAACCAGUGCUCUCUAGGAUAAAGGAAAACAGAAAGAGGGUCAUUUCUCCAUCAUUUGAUAACAUUAAGUAUGAUAAUUUUGAAAUAGAAGAAUAUCCCCUCUCAGCACAAGGGUUUGACUGGGAGCUAUGGUGUCGUUACCUGAACCCUCCUAAGUCAUGGUGGAAACUGGAGAACACAACUGCUCCAAUAAGAAGUCCUGCAUUAAUUGGGUGCUUCAUAGUAGACCGAGAAUAUUUCCAAGAGAUUGGCUUACUAGAUGAAGGCAUGGAAGUAUAUGGAGGAGAGAAUGUGGAACUUGGAAUCAGGGUGUGGCAAUGUGGUGGAAGUGUUGAGGUUCUGCCUUGCUCCAGGAUUGCUCACAUUGAAAGAGCACAUAAACCAUACACAGAAGAUCUAACUGCUCAUGUUCGGAGAAACGCACUGAGGGUGGCUGAAGUCUGGAUGGAUGAAUUUAAGAGCCAUGUCUAUAUGGCAUGGAACAUACCCCAAGAGGACUCUGGAAUUGAUAUUGGUGAUAUUUCUGAGAGGAAGGCCCUGAGGAAGAAGCUCCAGUGCAAGACCUUCAGGUGGUAUCUUGUCAGUGUGUAUCCAGAAAUGAGAAUGUAUUCAGAUACUGUCGCCUAUGGGGUGCUGCAGAAUUCCUUGAAAAAUGAUUUGUGCCUUGAUCAAGGACCAGACACAGAGAAUAUCCCAAUCAUGUAUAUCUGCCAUGGAAUGACGCCACAGAAUGUUUAUUACACAAGCAAUCAGCAGCUCCAUGUGGGUGUUCUGAGUCCCACUAUUGACGAUGAUGACAACAGAUGCCUGGUGGAUGUGAACAGCAGGCCCAGGCUCAUUGAAUGCAAUUAUGCCAAAGCCAAGAGAAUGAAGCUUUACUGGCAGUUUACUCAGGAUCCAUCUGAGCAAGUUUCCAUGCUCCACAGCUUUGUACAGCUGCCAAAUGCAAUGAGAGCCAAUACAACGUACGCUUCAGUGACGUUUGUGCUUCCAAGGCUUCUUCGAGUGUUUAUAACUGCAAUUAUGCCAGAUCAUGGAGGUCCAAUCCAGAACCGAAAAUCCAAGCGUUGCCUGGAACUGCAGGAAAACAAUGAAAAUGAAUUUGGAUUUCAACUCGUCCUACAGAAAUGCACUGGACAACGCUGGUCUAUAACAAACGUCUUGAAAAGCUUGUCAUCAUAGCAGACUGCAUUUUUCUACCCAUUCCUUUUGCUACCGUGUAGCAAAUACCGAAUUGUUGCCUGCUGUACUGUGUUUCUUCCCUCCCUGUUCCUUCUCUCCUUUCUGUCCCUUUGAUUUUAUUCUGUGAGCGUGUGGAAAUUGAGUUUGUGAGCCGAAAAUAGACAUUUCAUUUUACAAUUAUGUUUUCAUUGCAUUUAUAGAGGUGUUGAAUGAUAGGUGAUGGGUAGGCUAUCCUAAAAUAUUUUACAUCUGUAAAUAGAAAACAAAUGGAGAAUAUUUAUAACUCAAGCUUUUAUUGAAUAAAAAAAACCAAAUACUA